GAAUCCGUGUAUUUAUUUACUUCGUGUCUGACUCAUCCUGCCGCUGAUUGGCUGACUGUGGAGAAAAGGAAGUGAAACCUUUAUGCGCUACUUCCUUGUUUGCGUUUCAACACUCAUGAGCCACUUAAAGUGCGAGGUGAAGUUUCUCAGCUCGGACUGAAGACAGAAAGUUUUACUUUGGAGAUGAACCGACGAUAACAGGUCGUUCACUUACUUCCGGGUGUGUUGGAGCACUUGUUGGUUUUCUUCACAAACAAACAGCAAAGCAGGAAGAGAUGGAUCAUGCGCGAGCACAGGACGCGCAUCAGAACAAGGCCCCCAAGUUGUGGCACAGGGACUGUGGCGAUGAUUCUGAGGACAUGAAGCCCACUCACUCCUCUCUGUCCCCCUCUCAGGGCGAGGCGAGGCCAAUCAGAAGAGUACAGAGUCCCACCAGACCCAGGGCCUGGAUGUCAAAUUCCUACAAACCAAAGUUUGGAGGGAAAUUCUACAAACCUCGUUUUCCAAAGGAUGACUACUCGUUCUACAAACCUGGCUUUGUCAACAAGAGGCAACACCACCUCAACCCCCGGGCAUAUUUCAACCAGAGAGACCACUUCCAGCCCAAACCUCACCACAGCGCACAGAGGGAGCGAGAGAAGGAGGCAGGCCGGUACAACCGGAGAGAGAGCGCUGACGGAAGUUCAUGCCCAAAACAAAGCAAUGCUUCCAGACCGUUCCUGCCCAUGUCCGUCUCCAGCAGGGACCAGGAGCCGCAGUUCACUGUUUGUCUGAGCAACAGAAGCCACAGCAAGACGAGCGACCACAGGGGAAGCCAGAGCAAAGAAAGGGAACAAAGCAGAGACCGGGAGCUCCCUUUAACUGCGAGCCAGACGACGACACGAGACAGAGCCAUCCAGCAGAAGAGGAAAGAGAUAGAUGAGGUGUACUAUCAGGAGUGUCAGAUGUUUGGCCUCGUGACAAAGAUGCUCAUAGAAAAGGAGACGUCCCUGGAACAACUCAUCCAGUCCUCGCUGCAGGAGAACCUCCGAGACAUCGGCAAGCGCUGCGUGGACGCCAUGGAGAAAUUCAUCGAGGACUACGACUCCAGAGAGCCGUCGCACUAAUCGCUCACACGCUGCCGCCUGUCGUGUCAGCGUAGAUCCUCAUAGUAGAAAUGUUCAAUAUUUUAUAUCUGGUGAUUCAAUGCUGGUUUUUGGAUUUCAUUUGCAAUAAGUUUGCUCAUUAUUAUCUGCUGCCUGGAAACAGUCUCACUCCGAGCUCUGUCUCAUGCCAGCAACACUGGAGAAGAAUGACAAUUUUUUGAUUGGAAGGUUUCAUCAUUAUUCUAAUGUUGAAAAUGUGAUUGGGGAAAAUGCACUUGCUUGUUUGCUCUAAAUCUCCCAGUGAAAAAAUAUUUUGAAAAUCCAAGUGACCGGAUUAAUUUAUUAUCUUUCUUUUCAUUAAUUUAAAAUGUGAUCACAGCCUAUUAAACAACAAAUAGCUGAAAAUA